AUGUCGAGCCCCCCGCACGAGGCGCCGGCCCAGGCGCCCCCCGACCUCGAGCCGCUGCUCCUCGCCGACCCCCCGCACCCGGACGGCGCCCCCGGGUUCGACCUGCCCCAGGACAUCCGGGACGACGCCGACGAAGACGACGGGAGGGCGCUCAGACAGAGGCGGCCCAUCUCGUACCCCUGCGGCCCCGACAGCGGCGUCGAACAGCCCCUGGACGCGGAGCUGGCUGGGUUCAACGCCCAGAAGAGGAACUCGGACCCGCUGAGGGCGCCCCCGCCAAGGAGCAAGACCCAGGUGAAGCCCUUCACCAAGGAGUCGUUGGAGAGGCUCGAGAAGAAGACGGUGCAACUUGUGCGGGAGUACGGCUUCCAGCCCAGGAGGAAGUUGAGUGUGGAGGACGGUUCCAGGUUGCCAGCGAAAUUCGAACCGUUCCCUUCUAGGUUGUAUGGCAGGCCGCUGGAGGAGAUAGACAACUUUAUCUACGAUGAGGCAGUUGUUAUUGCUGUUAUUGAUCUUGCUGGUGCUGCCGCUUCUGUUGUCGUUGUUGUUGAAAUUGUUGUUAUUGAUGCUAUUGAUCUACAAGACCAAUAUCAACAACAACAACACCAGCAGCAGCAAGAACAACGACAGCAACAGCAUGUACAUCAGCAGCAGCAGCAGCAGUAG